AUGAUUAUUUUAGUAUCUGUUAGUGUUAUAUUUAUUAAUACAUAUUUGCUUGCUAAAAAACGAUCUCCAGAUGAUUCUGGAAAUUCAUCAGAGAUUCCUCAAGAUAAAACUCAAAUAGUGGUUAAGAAUAUUAGUUAUAUACAAAAAGAAGAAGAUAAACAACAACAACAACAACAACAACCGAAAAAUUUACACAAAGCUAAACGAUUAAGUGUGCCAGAUGCUGGUUGUGAAAUCGAAGAUAAAUGUACAGAUGAUGAUGUUCCAUAUAAAGUUGUCUCUGGCGAUGGAAUGGAUAAAUAUCCAAUUAUUUGUUUUAAUAAUAAAUUACUGGUUCAUAAAAAUUUAAAAGAUACAAAAAUAGGACGAGGUGUAAAUUUAGUUGCAAUUGAUGGUCAAACAUUUGAUGUUAAAGCUACAGAGACAUUUGACACUUAUCUUGAAGAAACAUUUUUUCUACGUCAUUUAAAAAUGAAUUUAAACGAUGGUGAUAUUAUUAUUAUGGCUAGUUUUGAUGAAAUAACAUAUGGAUUAAAAGAAGGAACCUUAUCAUUAUUGGAAAAAUAUGGUAGUCAACUGAUAAAAAUAAUUAAAUUUCGUGAUGCAUUCGUUAUGAUUGGACAAAAAGGAUUGGCAAGAGGAAAAGCAAUCGAAAUGCAUCAGCCAAAAGGACAGCGUGAUUUUGCACCAGCAGCACAUAUAUCCGGUUGUGCUAAAUUUCCACUCGGACCAUUGACUCCAUUACCAUUUCAACCUACAGAUGUUAAACAAGACUCAAUUGCAACUGGUUCAUCAUUAAGAAAUUGUGGCCUUGCUGAAAAAUGUAAAGAUAAUGAAUUUGCCGUUCAUGUUUAUACGGGAAAAGAUAAUAAUGAUGAACCAAAGAUAUGCAUUGAUGGAAAAUAUGUAAUGGCAAAAGGUAUAAAUGAUGCUGGUAGAGGUUUAAAUAUUGCUGUAGUUUCAAAUGGUAAAGAAGUUAUUCGAACCGGUCAUUUUGAUACAUGGCAAGAUGAUAGUACAAAUUUAGAAAUAUUUCUUGAAAAUUUAGAAGAUAAUGUAAUAUUGAUAGCGGUUACCUUUGAUGAAGCAUCACAAAAUUUACGAAAUUUUACACGUGUAUUAUUACGUGGUUACGGCAGUUCAAAAAUAAAUACACUUAAUUUUCGUGAUUCAUGGGCAUUUAUCUAUCACUAUAAAACAAGUUCUGGUAAUGCAUAUGCUGUGGCUAUUGAUAAACGAUUAUGUGUACCACAAACUUUGAGAGGCAUUAAAAUUCGACCUGAUCCAUUACCAUCUCGAAAUGAUAAACGUCGUGAUUUCUGUUCAAGAUACGAUGGUUACGGUGACUUUUGUAGUGAUACAAACGUUGAUAAAAAUUUGCAGCCUGUUCCAUUAUUAAAUAAAACGUUAGAAGAUAAUCCAAUAUAUUCGACUCCAAUAUUGAUUAUUGCUGGUAUAUCUCAUAAUUCAUUACGUAUGUGUCUUGAAACAGUAUUAAUGCAACCUGGUAUCAGUUUAGAAAAUGUUAUGGUAGCUGUUGAUGAAAAAUUUUCUGAACCAUUAGCAUUAAUUGAUUUAUUUGGUUUUCGCGGUGAAAAAACAUUGAGUAGUUCGACAUAUAUGGAACAUUAUGAGAAAGCAUUGAAAAAAGUUUGGGAACUUUAUCCAACAAAGGAUAAAAUGAUUAUUAUCGAAGAAGAUCUUAUAUUAUCACCAGAUUUUCUCUACACACUAGCAUUAUUAAGUGAACCAUUUAGACAAGAUGAAACAAUUGGUGGAAUAACAAUGUGGAAUCCAAAUUCCUAUGAGGAUGUUGAUGGUUCAUCAAGUCUUAUAUAUCGUGUAGAUGAACUAUAUGGAUUAGGAUAUCUACUUCGACGAUCAUUUUAUGAUGAACAUAUGAAAGCAUUUAGUGAAUGUUGUUCUAAACGUGUUUGGUAUCGUUGGAAAUUUGUUGGUAGUUCUCAUUCAUUUUUAACUCCUGAUAUAUCUCGUGUAUUUCGUCGUCCUGUUGAUGGCAAUCAUGAUAAUAUGAAAUAUUUAGAAAAAUUAUUUAAUAGAAAACGAAAAACAAAUUUAAAUCCAUUUCCUGUCUUAACAAAUGUUGAUACAUUACGUAAAGAAACAUAUGAUACAACAUUACUGAAAUCUAUUGCUAGUGCAACAUUAUUAAAAUUACCAGAUAAAUGUGAUACAUUACAAAAAAUUGAUAUAUCAAUUGAAAAUAGUUCUCAGACAUUUAAAUAUAUUUAUACUCAAUCUAAUCCAACUGAUUAUUCGACUUUAGUUUUAAUAACGCGUUGUUUUGGUUUAUUUCAUCAUGAAUCAACCGAUCCAACGGGUCUCUAUCAUGGCAUAUUACGUUUUAACUCAAAUAAAAAUCAUUACUAUUUAAUUGGAUCAAAAUCAACAUUCUAUUCAUCAUCAUCAGACUCUUCUUUAAAAAUACAACCACCGCCUAUUGUUGCUUAA